ACACUAUUCCCCUUCCUUCCCUCAUAAGAAAUCAAGACUGAUAUAUAUACCCUUAAGCAACUGUACUCACAAACUAAGAUUAGCCACAGAAUACUGAAAUGUAUACCACAAUGCCACUCUCACUAUACCGCAAAAACCCGGCUGCUCUCUCCAAAUAUCCUGCAGAGGCUCCAAAUUCUGGUUAUCUGGUGGCUACUGAUGAAGAAUCUCAAGAAAUGGACUCGUUUUGUUGGGGUGUCUACCAGCACGACAGAAUCACGAGGCUGCCGUUUCCUCAGGACAGGAUCUUGAAGGUUGUUCAUGUGUCGGAGUAUGACAAAGACAGUGUCAAGAAAGUCUGGUUCAUUCCUGUUCUUGAUCACCCUCUUUCCUCCAACCGCUACUAUGUUAUCAAAGCCAACGGCAGACACAAAGGGAGGGCGUAUGUAUGUGCCCGAGAAAUGGCAGUGAGAACAUGUUGCUUUGAGAGUGAUAGUGAGGAGCUGAAACCAAGGCAGUUUAACCACAAGGAUGUGUAUCAGCAGUUCGAGAUCUGCCCUUAUUUUAAUGGCGGAUUCUAUGCCAGAGCCGUAGCGUGGGACGGCAUACCUCCGAAGUUCUUGAGAAGAAAAGGAUGGGAAGUUCACAUUUCCCAUUCCUCCAUUAGAAUCCAUCUCAGGGAAGCUCAGGGCCUCAAUCCUUUUCACCCACCAGACAUUCCUGAACUAAAAGCUCCCAUUUCUUCAAAGCGUUCCACUCCGAUCGUCAUCGGAAAGUGGUAUUGCCCCUUUGUAUUCAUGCAGGAAGAAGGAACCUGCAAAGAGCAGCAGAUGAAGAAAUCUUUGUUCUACGAGGUUGCCCUGAAACGUUGGUGGGAGGAAAUCUACGCGUGUACCAGAUCUGCAGGCAACGUCGUGGCCAUUGAUGCACGCGUGAAGAAGCUAUUAACGUUGAUCGACGGCGUAGAAGCUUCCAGGGAACCGAAAACCGGACCCCACGGCGAGUUCGUAUGGUUUAGUACUAUGAAAGGAGGGUAUGAAAGACGUGUGGGUUUGAGCUCCGCCAUUGUUGAGCAGCUGAGAUGGGUGCAAGAAAGGCGGGGGUGGUUCGGCGAUGGCCAGGGUGAUGUGAGGGUGGAGGGGACGGAGGAGAUCAAGAGUGAGAGUGGGUGGAGAAGAUUUGGUUGCUAUGUGUUGGUGGAGAGUUUUGUGAUGAGGAGAAUGGAUGGGAGUUUGUUGAUUAACUUCAAUUGCAGAAACACCCGGAAGAUCAUAUGUACGUGGGAAUAGAAUCGGCUUUACCGACAUUGAUGUGGUUCUGUUCGAUCUGUACUGUGUAGUUUUCAUUCUAAUCUUCAUCUUGUCUGA